AUGGCCCUUCCUCGCUCUUCAUCUGCGCGCCUGUUGGCGGUGGCUCAGCAGCAGGCUCCUCGCCGGUACAUCCAUUCAUCGCCUUUCCGGGCUGCCGUCGCGCACCCCAUAACCGCUCAUGGCCCUCCUCCAAAGGCUCCGGCACCAUCGCCGGAAUUCACGGAGCAAAUCGAGAAACAGACAGAUUCAAAGCCCGGUCAAUAUGCCUUCAAUGAGUCACUAUCCACAAAGCCCUCUGUGGGACUCAAGAAGCGAUUCUGGAAGGACGUCCAUGUCCACGGGAAGCCAGGUACGUCCUCGAUCGAUGUCGCCCUGGUUCGCUGGUUUGCUUACGAUAGAUCUACUCCAGGGGAAUAUCAAGUGCUUCUAGACAAGCGGCCCGUACGAACGCCCACGAAGGAAGUCCUUUCGAUCCCUCCGACCAAACCGCACCUCGCCCAUGCCAUCGCGCUCGAGUGGGAUGUCAUGACCUCCGCCCAGCAAGCCCUGAAGGGCCACCUCAUCCCCCUCACCUCCCUUUCCGCUCGUGCCGCGGAUAUCAUCCGCGAAGAUGCCGAGGGGACCACCGUGACCCGCGAUCAGAUCAUCAAAACCGCCAUGCGAUACCUGGACACUGACACACUCCUCUGCUGGGAGCCGGAACGCGAAGACCGGGUGCUGGACCGGAAGAAUGAGGAAGAGAAGAUCGAGAGUCUACGAGAGAUCCAGAUGCGGGUGGCCAAGAGCAUCAUGAGCUUCUUAUCUACGAAGGUCUGGCCGGGUCUCGAGAUCGUACCCAUCCUCGACUCCGAGAGUAUCCUCCCGGUAUCCCAGCCCCAAGCCACCAAGGACAGCAUCCGCACCUGGGUCUCGGAACUGUCCGCCCAUGACCUGGCGGGUCUCGAGCGAGGCAUCCUGGCCGCCAAGAGUCUGCUUGUUGCCGUGCGGCUGCUGGUCGAGUGGAGUGAGAAUUUCCGUCAUCUGCAACAGCACCAAUCCCCGAAGUUCGGCCUGGAGGAGGCGGCCGAGGCGGCCAGUCUCGAGGUCAAGUGGCAGACGGACAUGUGGGGAGAGGUGGAAGAUACCCACGAUGUGGACAAGGAGGAUCUGCGGCGCCAGCUGGGAAGUGUGGUGGUGCUAGUCAGCGGCGAGACUCGAUAG